AUGGAUGCCACUCAUAGUCUCCCUCACCGCGUGCUGCUGGUGAGCAUGCCUCGGACCGCGUCCAAUCUAUUAAUGAAAAUACUCGCCAUUCCGGAUCAGCCAGAUGUCCUGUCCAACGAACACGCCGGGUAUUUUUUCGCACCCGCAUCAGACGCCGUCCUCAGAGACGACCUCAUCAGCAAGCCCCUCGCACAGUGGACACCGGAACAAACACGCGAGGUCCAGGGAGUCCUUCAACAGUGCUUGGAGAGCAUGGAAGAAUGCUCGGCGCGGGCCCAUGAUGAGGGAAAGAUCUUCGUGAAAGAACAUGCCUCCUGGUUCAUGAACCCGGCCGCCUUCGGUAAGAUGUUGCAUGAUGGCGACGCCACCAACGGAGAUGGCUCGGCCGCUUUGAAGGCGGACAAUUACUACUCGUUGUUUCGGGUUUGUGUGGGUAGCGUCUAUGGCCCGCCGCAAGCCUUUUCUCUAAUGAAUGAAACUGUCCUCCCGGAUGGGUACCUGCGCACCUGGCGACUGGCAUUUAUUAUUCGGCAUCCCGCCCUAGUGUGUCCGUCGAUGUACCGGGCUUAUCGGGCUCUGAAGAAGCUUUAUCCUCCAGGGUCUGGUACCUCGGAUGGUAUGUCGCGGAGUUUUCUGAAGGUCAAUGUAACUCUGCGCUGGACGCGGAUGCUGUACAACUGGUGUGUUCGCCAGGAGGGACAGGCGCAUCCAAUCAUCCUGGAUGCCAAUGACCUGACCCACAAUAAAAGCUCUAUGGUAAAAUUCUGUGAGCUAACGGGGCUCGAUCCCACAGCCUUGAAGUUCGAGUGGGAAAGUGUCAGUGCUGAGGGUAAAGCCUCGUCUGGAGAUGAUGCUUCCAAGCAGCACUCCAUACGUCAGGAAGCUCAAGCUAUCAUGAAAUUAACUCUGAUGGGAUCCUCCGGGGUAGUGAAAGAGAAGGCGCCCAAGGUAGUGGAUGUUGCUUCCGAGGCGGACAAGUGGAAGCAUGAAUUCGGCGACGAGGAGGCAAGUUUUAUUCUUAAGAUAGUUCGUGAAGCAAUGCCCAAUUAUGAAUUUCUCAGGCAGCAGAGGUUAAUCUAA